CCAUGCUUAAAAAAAAGACAAAUGGAAAAUAGUAGAGAAAAAAGGAAGAGAAUGUGUCUAGAAGUUCAAACAUCCAAAUAAUAAAAGUUCCAAGAAGGGAGAAAAAAGAAAAUGGGGGAGGGGGGAAAUCAUGAAUGAAAUCAUUUAAAAUUUUUUCCCAAAUUGAAGGAAACAAGCGUCCAGAUUGCAAGGGCCAACUAAGGUCCAGCACAAGGGAUGAAAAUAAAUCCAUUAUCAACAUAUCACUAACAUUUCAAAAUCUUCAUGGAGAAGAUUCUGUAAGUUUCUGGGGAGAGAGAAAAAAUACAUCCAUACAGAGGAUCACUUACCAGGACUGCUUUGAACUUCUUAAUAGCAAUGGUAAAAGCAAACAGAUGAGCAACUGCUUCAAAAUGCUGAAAGAAAAUUAUUUCCAGCUUUCAAUUCUAUACUCAGACAAGCUAUCAAACAAGUAGAGGGAGCCAGCCAUUUUUAGACAUCCAGGGUCUCAUUUACCUUCCAUGUACCCUUUUCAAGAAGUUAGGAUGUGCUCCGCAGAAACAAAAAUAAAACCAGUAAAUGGAACACUUUGAAAUGUAGAAAAUGGGAUAAUCAACAUAGAGAAUAGGCAAAAGGAAUUUCUGGGAGCAUGGUCAAGUGAGAUUCCAGUACUACAGUUGUGCUUCUUGAUGUAGAGAGCAGUCAGUCCAGAAUCAAGCAGUAUGACUCACACUGGUGGUGGUUACCACCAAGAUCCCUGCUGCCAUUGUACCAUCUUUUUAACCUGAGGACAUUAUGCCUAGGCAAGCCUGGCUCAGAUUCUUACCGCCAUUCGCCUUGACCAUGUGGUGAUGAAAUUCCUGCUGUCUUCUGUGCUAUGCUGACUGGACCAACUGAGGACACUCACUUUUACCCUUCUUUUUCAACCUAUUCCUGAAAGCUGAUGUUGGGCAUUGGCAUGUUGCGCAUAAAAGUGGAUAAUUUACAUGGUAAAUGAAAAUGGCCAAUUCUUUAAGAGGAGAAGUACUAAAACUUUAUAAAAAUCUGCUGUAUCUUGGACGAGACUAUCCAAAGGGAGCAGACUAUUUUAAAAAGCGUUUGAAGAACAUUUUCCUUAAAAACAAAGAUGUGAAGAAUCCAGAGAAGAUCAAAGAACUUAUCGCACAGGGCGAAUUUGUAAUGAAAGAGCUAGAAGCCUUGUACUUCCUUAGGAAAUACAGAGCUAUGAAACAACGCUAUUAUUCAGAUACCAACAAAACUAAUUGAUCAUUACUACUUUAAUUUAGCUGACAAACAGCCAUUGAUCAUUACUACUUUAAUUUAGCUGACAAUCAGUGCCAGCUGUUUAUGUGUACCAGAUAAUGUGAAUUAAUUCUAACUUAAAAUAGGAAGAUAUACAUAUUGUGUAAAAAAUCCCUGAGCUGCCCUACUGAACUAAAUAGGUUUCAACUUCUGUUCAUGCUGAGAAAUUAUCAGCAACUUAAUGCUCAAUUUUGAUACAAACAUAGCAAUUUAGCUAUACUACUGAUUAUAAAUUAAUGAACACCCAAUUUUGAAUGAAAAUAUAAUACACUUAAUCCUGUAACUUAAUAGGACUUAGCCAAUUAUUUUUAGCUUAUUUCUCCAUUUUACUGACAAGAGAAUGCCAUUUACUGAAUAUUUAAUAAGGAAAAUAAUUUCUUAUUUCUCUUAACUUUUGAAAGGAAUCCCUUUUUUUUCCACCCAAUUUGAUACAUUAACAGCACAUACUCAAGGUUCACUCCAAAACAAAGUUUCUGACAAUGAUUUAAAUGUAGUUAUAGAAAUAAUAUGUGUGGAGUUAUUCUGACCUUGAAAUAGCCUGCUGGUGACUGGCAUUACAUACAUAACUAUUCAAUUAUUUCCAUUAUUAAUGUUGCUGCUGCUACCUUUGGGCCUAAAACCAAGUCAUCUGUUGUGUAUCAAUUACCUUCUUUGAUAAAAGGAAAUAAAUAAUGUUAUUCUAUUAUUUUGUCAUAAAGACAGAUUUGUUUUGCAUCUACUUCUAAAUACGGUUUUAAGUUUAAGCAAACACACCUUUACAUAAUAUCCACAGCACCUUUUAGAAAUAAAGGAUAUUUCUAACUUAAAAGCUGCAUAAAAAGAUUCACUGGUAUUCUAUAGUGUCUAUGGCUUAUAAAGUAUUCCAUAUCCAUUUCGGGGCAAACAAUUCAAAUUCCAUGAAUAAACACACACUCAUAGUCACUGUAACUAUUUUUAUUACAUUACAAUAAUUAGGAGUAGUACAGUUCAUGACAAAAAUAUUACAAAUUUUAGAUCACUUCACAGCACAUACUCCUAUAAACAUUUAAAAGUUAAUUUCAAUUAAAAGAGUGGUCAUUUUUAAUGUUUGAUAUGACCAACAUUCCUAGGUCAGCGCAACCAAAUGAUGGAAAACAACUGGAUCACACUGCAUAUGUCCCACAAAAGAAAGCACAAUGUACAAAAUGUGCAUGUUUCAGUUUACACUAUACAAAAAUAGUUAAAAUACAUUCCAGGUAAACAUGUUACAUUAAGAAAUAGUACUAGUAAGAAAUUGGCACUCAAAGGAAAAAUGCAAAAAAGUAUUUUCAACAUGAAAACACAAGACAGUGGAAUUGGAAACUUUCGGAUAAAACAUUGUAACCCAGUUAGCUCUAUGUGGGUGUGGUGGGGAGAGAUGGGCCCUCAACAUUUCUGCAGAUAACUUUUUUUUGCCCUAAAUUCAUCUAAAUUACCUAUCAUUAUCCCAAACAGGCACUUCAAACUAUUAAACUAAAACACAGAUCUUAAUCUAGUUAUGACUAUUCUUCAAAGAACUCAUGUAUCUUUAGAAAGAAAUUUUCAUUUUCUGACAGACAGCUAUCAGUUGUAUGCUAUUCAGUUUCUCAAUGCAGAAUUCAUGCUAUCCAGUAUUAACACAGAAGUUAUUAAAUAACUGCUGGGUUCUUAAAAACAUUACUACAUAAUUAUCAAGAAUUCAUUACUUUUUGACAAAGAUUUCUAUCUAAAAAAAAAUCCCCUGACGUUAUAUACUGUUUGAAGAAAAAA